CCGAAUAAAUGGAUAUAUCCACGCCCGGAUACAGUGUCCAAGCUCGCCGACGCGGUGGAUUCCUACGAUCGUGUUCUCGUGCGUGGCACCCCGGCCACCGGGAAAACGACCCUGCGCGAAUUGCUACAUAACUACUAUCUCGACCACCAUCGCACCGUGUAUUGGCUCCCUUCAUGGGCCCCAAUGAAAUCCCGGGGCAGAUCCCCUUGGAGGCAGUUCAGCCGGCGCCUACGGCGACUAUAUCCUGAAUUUGAUGAAACAUGGGCAUCUGUUCCUCGAAAGACAGUGAUUCUGAUCGACGAGGCCCAAGGUUCAUACCACGACGCGAUCUUCUGGAAUACCGUCAUCAAGGACCAUAGUUUCGGGCUUUGCCCCGCAAGCAUCAAGAUCUGCCUUUUCGCACACUACGGAGACCCUGUGACCGCCGUGGAAUGGACCGAUGAAUAUUGUCCGGCGAGGUGGAAUGGCGAGAUGCACGUUACACUGACACCUCAGCCUGGCAGGUUUUCGCCUUGUUCGCCAGAUAUCGGCUUGUUGUACACCGAGUCUGAAUUUCGUGAAGUUGUAACACAUCUGACAGCGGUCAAGUUCGAUGACAAGUUUGCAGUUGAUGACACGGCUAUGGAUUACUUGUAUAAAUUGACAAGUGCGCAUCCCGGGGUGGUGACAGCUGUGGUUGAGGUUCUUUACACGGAGCAUCGCGAUCUCAUCAAACAAGGAAAGAUCCAUACAAUCACAAUGGACCAUGCGCUGGAAGUCUUGAAGGAUAAGGGUCAAUUCUUCAGGUCUCUCAUGCAGUAUGCGGCUGGUCGCUCGUUUCCUGACCACCACGAUAGCACAUUCACAUCUAAAGUUGUUGAUGUAUUGGGCCAGAUCUUAGCCAAGGGAAGCAUACGGUUUGAUAUCAAGGAUGUGGCAAUGCGGACGUGCUACGAGCGUGGCUGGGCUCACCGGAGUUCGGGGUUGGAAUGGGAUGAGGAUGAGAAUGUUCUUGUCCUGCCGUCGCACGUGCACGAAAUGUAA